CCACUGUUAGUUAAGAAACGGUUUCUCCGCUUCCCUAUUUUACCCUUCUUUUCUCCCCAAUUUACUCUGGGAUGUAUCCAAGUCUCUUCACCUCCACCACUAGAUUUUAUAGAGAAGGAAGAUGAUUGGUUGGAAAGAUCUCUACACGGUCUUGACGGCCGUGGUUCCCCUGUAUGUGGCAAUGAUCUUAGCUUACGGUUCGGUCCGGUGGUGGAAAAUCUUCACCCCGGACCAGUGCUCCGGUAUCAACCGUUUCGUAGCCAUCUUCGCCGUUCCUCUGCUCUCCUUCCAUUUCAUCUCCUCCAACAACCCUUACACCAUGAACUUCCGCUUCAUCGCCGCCGAUACGCUCCAGAAGAUUAUCAUGCUCGUGGUCCUGGGCAUCUGGACAAACUUCACCAAAAAGGGAAGCCUAGAAUGGAUGAUCACCAUCUUCUCCCUCUCCACCCUUCCAAACACCUUGGUCAUGGGAAUCCCUCUCCUUAUCGCCAUGUACGGCGAAUCCUCCGGUACCCUCAUGGUUCAAGUGGUGGUAUUGCAGUGUAUCAUAUGGUACACCCUCCUGCUCUUCCUCUUCGAGUACCGUGGGGCAAAGAUGUUGAUCAUGGAGCAAUUCCCCGAAACAGCCGCAUCCAUCGGUUCCUUCAAGGUGGAUGCCGACGUCGUCUCCCUUGACGGCCAUGAAUUCUUGCAAACGGAUGCGGAGAUCGGCGAUGAUGGGAAGCUCCACGUGACGGUGAGGAAGUCCAAUGCGUCGAGGCGGUCGCUGGCAAUGACGCCUAGGCCGUCGAAUCUCACCGGGGCAGAGAUUUACAGCUUAAAUUCUUCCAGGAAUCAGACGCCGAGGGGUUCCAAUUUCAACAACACCGACUUCUAUUCGAUGAUGGGUUGCCAAGGUUUUCCGGCGAGGCAUUCCAAUUUAUCGUCCAAGGGGCCAACGCCAAGGCCGUCGAAUUUCGAGGAGAAUUGCGCACCUGGAGCACAGCCUAUCAGCUCUCCUCGUUUCGGAUGCUAUCCUGCGCCAAAUCCAGAAAUCUCUGCUCCUGCAACUAAUAACAAUAAGAACCCUAACUCCAACAAGAAUCAACAACAACAGACGAAUGUGCAGGGACAGAGUAAAGCGAUCCACGAUGCGAAGGAGCUUCACAUGUUCGUGUGGAGUUCCAGUGCUUCGCCAGUGUCGGAAGGAUGCGGGCUCAACGUGUUCAGCGGGACAGAAUUCGUUGCAGCGGAGCAAUCUGGACGGUCAGAUCAUGGCGCGAAGGAGAUCCGGAUGUUAGUGACUGAUCACCCUCAAAACGGGGGAAACAAAGCGAUACCGGAAAGUGAGGAUUUUGGUGGAGAGAAUAUCAGCUUUUCAGAGGGAGAGGAUUAUAGACAGAAGGAAGGGACAGCUGGUUUGGCCGGCUCAACGACGGAGUUGCACCCCAAUGGCACCGGAAUGGAAGAGUCCGGUACCGGGAAACAGAUGCCUCCGGCGAGUGUCAUGACCCGUCUGAUCCUUAUCAUGGUAUGGAGAAAACUUGUCCGUAACCCAAACACGUAUUCCAGCCUCAUUGGCCUCGUCUGGUCUCUCAUUUGCUUCAGGUGGCAUGUGUCGAUGCCAAAAAUAAUACAGAAGUCCAUCGCCAUUCUCUCUGACGCUGGUCUCGGAAUGGCUAUGUUCAGCUUAGGACUUUUUAUGGCUCUACAACCGAAGAUAAUCGCAUGUGGGAACUCCGUUGCGGUUUUCUCGAUGGUCAUCAGGUUCAUUGCCGGCCCAGCCGUCAUGGCGGCAGCAUCUUUUGCAGUUGGUAUACGAGGUGUCCUCCUCCGUGUGGCAAUUGUUCAGGCGGCACUACCCCAAGGGAUAGUCCCUUUCGUGUUUGCUAAAGAGUAUAACGUCCAUCCAACUAUUCUUAGUACUGCAGUCAUAUUUGGGAUGCUCAUAGCGUUGCCGAUUACCCUGCUUUACUACAUUCUUCUAGAACUCUAAAAGUUUUCGUGAAGAGAUGAAAAACGAAAGUCAAAGAACGCGAGGGAGUGUAAA